AUGAGCAACGACUCGGUAUCCCAAUCCGGCACUGCCGAGGAUGCCAUCUACCACAGCGUCAAACAGGAUCCAUUUAUUGUCGACAUCGAGCAGAAAGCUCUCGAUAAUGCCCAUUUGAUGAACGAUACCGUUCGGAACUUCGUCUGGCAAGGGAUCACUGUCGUUGUCAAAGACCAUAAAACCAAGGAACCCAAGACCAUUCUCGAGAAUGUCGAGGGAUCCAUUGAAGCUGGUGAGAUCUGCGCCUUGAUGGGACCCAGCGGCUGCGGAAAGACAACUCUUCUCAAUGUACUUGCUCGUAGAGAUGUGUCCUCAGGAGCAAAGAUCGAUGGAUCCGCCGUAGUGAACGGAAACAACCCCUCACUUGGCGCUUUUCGGCGCUUGACCUCCUAUGUUGAGCAAGAUGAUGCACUCAUUGGGUCUCUCACAGUUCGUGAGACAAUGCACUUUGCUGCAAGACUCGCCCAUAAGAACACAUUGGCGAAGACGGAACGAAUGCGUAGAAUCGAUGGACUUAUUGAGUCCUUUGGUCUGAGACAGCAAGCAAACAGUAUCAUUGGUACUCCAAUCCGAAAAGGCAUUAGUGGUGGACAAAAACGCCGUGUUAGUGUCGCGAGUCAGCUCAUCACUGCCCCAAAGAUCCUCUUCUUGGAUGAACCUACUAGCGGUCUCGACUCUGCGGCUAGUUUCGAGGUUAUUUCCUUUGUGAAGGAAGUAGCGAAGCGAAAUAAUCUGAUUGUCAUCGCAAGUAUCCACCAACCUUCCACGUCAACAUUCCAGCUGUUUGAUAAACUGCUGCUCCUCUCCGGCGGAAAAUCGCACUAUUUCGGAUCAGUCCAUGGCGUUGAGUCACAAUUUGAGUCCAUGGGCUACCCCAUUCCUCUGCACACCAAUCCAGCUGAGUUCCUCCUCGAAUUGAUGAAUAUCGACUUUGCUAGUCAUCAGGAAGCGGCAAGUGGCCGACUUCAAGAGAUACAACAAUCUUGGGUCAAAUCACCGAAAGCUAUCGAGCUUUCCGCCCAUGUUGAUGCUGCUAUGACCCGAGAGGAGCCACUUCCUGAUACCAAGCCGUCGAAGAGAAAUUUCCCAAUUAUUUUGAUGACGCUGGUCCACCGAUCAUUCAUCAAGAGCUACCGAGAUGUCGUCGCCUAUGGCAUCCGUGUGGCAAUGUACACUGGCCUCGCAAUCAUGAUGGGAACUGUUUGGCUCCGAUUAAAGCAAGACCAAUCCGCCAUACAGUCCUUCACCAAUGCCAUUUUCUUUGGCGGAGCUUUCAUGUCUUUCAUGGCUGUGGCAUAUAUCCCAAGUUAUCUCGAAGAUCAUGCUACCUACGUCAAAGACCGUGCAAAUGGUCUCUACGGCCCAGCCGUUUUCAUGCUCGCAAACUUCAUCAUCGGUCUCCCAUACCUCUUCCUAAUUGAUGUCAUCUUCUCCGUCAUCGCCUACUGGCUCGGAAACUUCCAACCAACAGCCCAAGCAUUCUUCAUGUGGAUCAUGUGGCUCUUCCUCGAUCUCGUCGCCGCCGAGUCCCUCGUCGUCCUCGUAUCCUCCAUCUUCCCCAACUUCGUCAUUUCUCUGGCCCUCACUGCCUUCGCCAACGGAUUGUGGAUGUCGGUCAACGGAUUCAUGGUCAGCCCGAAGUUGCUAAACGUCUUCUGGAGAUAUGUCUUCCAUUAUAUUGACUAUCAAGCAUACGUGUUCCAAGGUAUGAUGGUCAAUGAAUUCGCCGCCCGAGUGUAUAGCUGUGGCUCUUCAUGCCAAUGUAUGUUCCAAACCCACAUGGUUGACCAGUGCAGCUUCUCUGGACUAGCUGUCUUGGAACAAUAUGGAUACAAGGUUGGAAGGACUGGCGAGUGGGCGGGUAUUCUGCUGGCCAUUGUUCUUGGUCUUCGCCUUUUGGGUUGGUCGGCCUUGUGGGUUAGGAAGUGA